CACCGCCAACAGGAAAUGGCGGUUACUUCAAGUUGUUGUUUACGUCUCUCUGCGAGGAAGCAUUCAAACCCCACCUGGACACGCGUUUCCCGCGGACCACCGACGGCCGCGUCUCCAUCAGCUCGGCGGCAUUCUUAAACACCGUUUUAGCGCCGCAGACCACGGCGUCGCCAUUUAUUUGCCACGGUUGGCGCCCCGCUCUCACCCCUGGCUGCUCUUUAGUCUUCCCUUAACGUCUCGCUUCGCCAAGCUGCGGUUUUAAGCCCUCCGGGAUGCCGAUGGUGCUGCGGACUAGGCGAUCGCUUGUCCCCGAUGGGCCGAGCGCCGAGGUCGAGUUUCAGCCGACGCAGAGGAGGAGGAGGAGGUCGAACCGCCGGCAGCAGAGGCAGAAUUACGAGGAGGAGGCCGGGGAGACCGAGGAGUCCGUCCCGGAGGAGGUGAUGGAGAGAUACGAGGCCGAGCUGGAGGAGGAAGCUGCUGAGGAGGCAGAUCUAACGGAGCUGAAGGACUGCAGCGUUGUUCUGGACCGUCUCCACGUGGACGAAGGAGCCCCCAGGAAGGAGCUCGAGGAGAAGGAAGACAUGAACCGCAAAGGUGGGAAACCCGUCUCCCGAAUCCCCACUUUCCAGAAGCGCCCCGGCGGUCCGACUGUCGAGCUCCCUGCUCCCAGGAGAGAAGCUCAACCCUCUGAGAGAGGUGGCGGUGGAGGGGCAGAGGGAUUCAAGCCCAAACUCCCUGAUGCCAGAGAGGGGGCGCUGCCCCCGCCCUCGGUGCGGGUUCCCGCCGUGGGUUUCGUCACAGCCUCCGUCUCCGGCGGCGUGGAGCAAGCUGCCGCCGCUGCAGCAGGUCACACCUCAGAGGUCCCUGCUCCCAGGAGCAAGAGUCAGUCGGAGCCUGCUGAGGGUCUCCUCAUGGUGGCCAGCCCCAGACCUCCCCUCAGACCAGAGCAGGACCCGAGCAGAACCCCCAGAACCGAAGCGGGCAGCACCCCGGACGGCCCGCCCAGUUCCCUGCCACAGGAGAGCUCCCUCAGCCAGAAGGCGGGCGAAGAACGCGCGGAGAUCGUCCUCGACGCCAGCGGAGACGGCGAGAGGACCGAAGAGGCGGCGGACGCUGCCGAGGUCGGCCGGGUGGAGGCCAUCAUGGACGAGGAGCCGCCCUGGGAGACGGAGACGGUGGAGACGGCCGAGCUGAGGGCCAGCGCCUGUUCUUCAGACGCCGAGUGUGACGACGAUCUGGCGAGCGAAGCGUCUGAGGGCCACGAUUCACAGAGCGAUGGGGAAGAUGAGGAAUGGAUCCAACAGGAAACAGAGCUUCCAGAACCUGGAGAGAGCAAACCCGCGGUGGACGACUGCACCUCUUCUGUGGUGGAAGAAAAGUCAGCCAGAGAGAACCCCACCAAGGCCACUAAGAGGUCGACGUGCUCCGGCUCCUCUCUCCUCCUCCUCCUCCUCCCGCUGCUGCUGCUGCUGGGAGGGCUCGGUCUGCACGUGUGGCGCUACGGGCUGCCCACGUCUGCGGCUCAGCUCGCCGCCCAGCUGGAGCUGCAGCGGCUGGAGGGCCUCGCCUUCAUGCCAGAGCCCUGCGGCGGGGACUGCCGAGUGCAGCUGGUGGAGAGCGUCCCCGUGGGCCUGUACCCGUCCUCUCCGCCGUCCCGGCCCAGCGUCGCCGACGGCUGGCUGCGCCUGCUGGGCCGGGCCAACGCCUCCGUCCACAUCGCCGCUUUUUACUUCACGCUGCGGGACGGCGCGUCGUCCGACCCCCCGGACUCUCAGGGGAGAGAAGUCUUUGAGCAGCUGAAGCGACUGGAAGCCAAAGGCGUGAAGCUCCAGAUCGCUGUCAACGCCCCCCAGAGGUCGAGGCAGGACACGGCGGACCUGGCCGCCACAGGUGCGCAGGUCAGAGAGGUGGACCUGAACGCUGUGACCGGAGGCAUCGUUCACACCAAGCUGUGGGUGGUGGACCAGAAGCACUUCUACGUGGGCAGUGCCAACAUGGACUGGCGCUCCCUCAGCCAGGUGAAGGAAGUGGGUCUGACCGUGGAGGACUGCAGCUGCCUGGCCCAGGACGCCUUCCGGAUCUUUGGCGUGUACUGGACCGUAGGAGGAGCGGCGGGCGGCUCCCUGCCGCCGUUUUGGCCCGCCCGACUCUCCGCGCUGUCCAGCGCCGACAAACCUCUCCACCUGAAGUUUAAUGGGGUCCCGGCUCGGGUUUACCUGUCUAGCGCGCCGCCGCCCAUCUCAGCCCGCGGGCGCUCCGACGACCUGGCCACCAUCCUGUCCGUCAUCGACGACGCCCAGAGGUCCAUUCACAUCUCUGUCAUGGACUACCUCCCCAUGUCCCAGUAUACCAAGCCAGAACGGUUCUGGCCUGCCAUAGACUCCCGGCUGCGGGCCGCCGCCUGCACCAGAGGGGUGGAGGUGAGGCUGAUGGUGAGCUGCUGGGAGCACUCGCCGGCCUCCAUGUUCCCCUUCCUGCAGUCCCUGCUGGUGCUCCGCAGGCCUCCGCUCAAGUGCAACAUUGACGUGAAAGUCUUCACGGUGCCGUCCACGGCCGAGCAGCAGGAGAUCCCCUUCGCACGCGUCAACCACGCUAAAUACAUGGUGACGGACAGAGUGCUCUAUAUAGGGACAUCCAACUGGUCGGAGAACUACUUCACGCACACGGCCGGCGUGGGCUUGGUGGUGAACCAGACGGGCUCGGCGGUGGAGGAGGGCCAGCGGACCCUGCAGAGCCAAGCGGAGGAGCUCUUCCUCAGGGACUGGACCUCCGACUACGCCAGCGCGCUGCCGUUGGACGAGGAGGACGUGUGUCCUUCAGCGAAGCGUGAGCCGUUCUAGACGAGCGUCCUGCCUUCUCCUGCCACUUGAACUGUCCUCUGGAUACGCAGCUGUGGUCGCUAACGCUGCCUCUCCUUUUAUUGCCUCUUCUGUAUAUAUUUGCAUUUCCUCAUACUGUCUUAACUAGUUUAACUAGUCACGUUUGAUACUUGGUUCCUCUCUCGGGUCGAGGUGCUGCUUGCAGGGUUUUGCUGUAAAUGUUCCCCGUAGCCGGCGGUGCCAAGCUGAAACCAGCUCAUGCUGGAAGUCGCGUUUCCAAAGAGGUGCAUUCACCGAAGCAUUGUUUACACUGCAGCAGCUGUCAACUCUAAUGGAUGUAUUGCUCUUUUUUUUUAUAUAAAGAAAUGUGUUGUUUUUAUGUUUGAACCAAUGAUUGAGUCAAAGACAAGCCCAGACUGAAAGGUGCACUACUUGAAAACCAGAUGAGGUGUUGGCCUUGGAUGUCAGUCAGUCAGCGGCGCUUCAUUGUGUUGCUCAUCGCUGCGCCCGUUUCCCCCAUCAGCACGCUGGCAGGAGUCGACUGCAGGCCUGACAUCCUCUUCCUGUCAUCUGGCUGGAACAGCCGGUCGCUGGCCAACAGGCCGGUUGAAUGUUUCCAUGAAAAAUAAACUUCCCCAACAAAUAAA